UUUUUGUCAAACGCAACAACAUGCCGCUUGUUAAAGGAAAACUCACGAACAAAUCUAUAAUAGAAAAAUGCAAGACGUUAAAAGACCUAGAGACAAGAAUGUCUAACAAAGAGGUUCCCAAAAAGUAUGGAGUCGUAAAGAACACAUUAUCAACCUGGAUUAAAAAUAAAACCAAGUUUUCAACCUCACUGGAAAAAAAUGGCACAAAAUUUAAACAGAAGAAACUUCGUAGUGGUAAUUUCAAAAAUGUAGACAAGGCCAUAUACACGUGGUUCGUUGCAAAAAGAAGUCAACAAGUACCAAUUGAUGGUACCAUACUAAAAGAAAAGGAACUAAAAUUUGCAGAAGCAUUAGGAGAGUUGAAUUUUAAAGCAUCUGAUUUUUGGUUUCAUGAUUGGAAAGAAAGGAACGGCAUCAGCUUUAAAAUAAUCUCAGGCAAAAGUGCCGCCGUGACGAAUAAUAUGACUGCUUUGUGGAAUGAAACUACACUUCCAACAUUGCUUUUGAAUUACAAUCUUAAAAAUAUUUUCAAUGCCGAUGAGUUUGGACUAUUUUAACAGUGCCUACCAAACAAAACAUACUAUUUAUCACGAGAAAAAUGUUUUGGGGGAAAAAAUAGUAAAGUCAGACUAAAAGCCAUAGCAGCAGGGAGUGCAACGGGAGAAAAAUUACCUAUGUUUGUUAUUGGAAAAUCCAAAAACCCACGGUGUUUUAAGCACAUUAAACAACUUCCUUGCACAUAUAAAAAUCAGCUAAAGCUCAUUAUCGUCACAAAAUUGUGCGUUUGUGUAUCAAGGCUGUCGAUAAUAACAAACCCAUGCCAAAACUUUCUAUACUUCAAGCAAUGAAAGAUCUUGUUUCUUCGUGGAAUGCUGUGUCAAAGGAGACUGGUAUCAGCAAAACAAACAAAAGUAUUGAAGAAGCUGAUGAUGAUCAUCCUUUUAAAUUUUUGACAGAAGAACUUAACCGUUUGCGAGAGUUAGAUCCUCGUGCCGUCCAAGAAGAUCUCUCAGCGGAAUCUUAUAUUGGUUCAGAUUGCGAUGUAGUAACCACCGGUUCACUUGCUACUGAUGCUGAAAUCAUUGCUCAGAUUUUAGACCCUAAUUUUGAAAACGACGAUAAUGAAGUUGGAGAUAGCGUUAACGAAGCUAUUGACGUCGAAACCCCGCCACGCCCAUCUGAUAUUCAAAUAGAAAUUGUUAUUGAAACGAUUCAAAAUGUUUCGCUAUACAGCUCAAAAUACGAAAAUGAAAUACAAUCCCUAGCACUAAAACUUGAGGAUUUAAUAAAGAUGGAAAAGAUGAAUUAUUUAAAACAAUAUCAGAUAACAGAUUUUUUCCAAAAGUUGUAAAGUAGUUUUUGUUGUUAAUGG